UCACAAGCGUAAAACUUUUCAUCAACAGCCGCCAUCUUAGGUGUUCCUGAUCGGAAAAAUCGACAGAUUUCCAUCAAAAAAUCUUCUUUUUGAAGGAAUUUUGUUCGACUUUUAUCCUUUGAGGAGGUCUUUAGGAUUCUAAGGGAGGCUUUAAGAUCAAGAAUGGCUGUCCGUAAGGUAACUUCGCCGGGUUUUUGAAGCGAAAAGUUGAAUCGUUCGCGGCUUUGUGCUCACAAUCAUGGAGUAACACGGUUAUCGGGAAUUCCUGAUGAGUGUUAUUUGGAUAUCUAUCAAAGAUAUGGGAAGAAUUAAAGACUGGAAGACAUUUUGUAUUAUAAUGAAGCCUAACUGAGGCUUAAACUCUCCAAAGAAUCGGAAGAAGUCGUGCUGUUCCGCUAAUUUUUGGAAGCUACCUCCAAAAACAUGGCUGACCAGCUUGUGGAUGGGCCCCCAGCGGCCAAGCGACAGAAGAUUGCCUCGCCGACACUCACGCCCAGUGACAGUGGAGAAUUUACCUUGGAUAACUUGCUGAAUAUUGCCAAUGCACUCCCAGAUGAACUGGUUGCUACAAGUGAUAAUAAUAACCCUGGUACUCUUGAUACUCCAAGUUUAGAGACCACUUCACAAAAUCAACUUUCCCAACUCCUGUCAAGUUCUACCCCAACCCCACAACCAAGUGUCUCCUCUAUUAUUAACAGUAUUGCUGCAAGUCCGCAGAAUCAAAAUGCAGGCCGAAGUCCUGGUGUUGGAACUAUGGCUAAUGCCAAUGUGAACGCAGUGAAGAGUCCCCAUACAAACAAUAUGUCCCCAGUUCAUGGUGCAGUUGGUAAAGGUGGGCCAAUGAAUCCACAGAACAUGAUGAGUAUGUCAGACUCUAAUUUGCAAAAUAGUGGGUUUUCUCUUGUGUCCAGUGCAGGAGGGACCAACAUGGGAACAGUGAAGCCAAUGACCUCUCAGCUUCUAUCUGUCAGUAAUGUUAACAUGAGUCAACAUAAUCCAAAUCAGCUGAUGAAUGGACCACACUACUCGACAAGUGGUAUGGGACAAGCUAGAAAUAUACCAUCUAGCAGUAUUGGUAAUGCCAAUGCAAUAUCCAUGCAACAGGGCCCUGGGAAUGUGAUGGGGACGUCUUUGAACAUGUCUCAGUUGCCUGGUCACCAGAACAUGGGACACCCGGGGCUUGGUUCCUCUCAGGCUCAGCAGCAGUUGGUCAAGUCUGUCCCACCUGGUGGUGGCGGUGGUGGUUCCUUCAACUUCUCCUCCGCCCCCGGUCAUCCAUCAUCAACUACCUUCAAUGCACCACUCUCAAAUGCAAUGACAACUACUCUGCCUAUGGCUUCACCCCCUAUAAACAUGCCUGCCAAUGCUAUCAACAAUCCUGGACAACCUGGCCAACCAGGAGCAGGUCGACAGCCAACAGCAGAUCCUGAUAAGAGUAAGCUGAUACAACAGCAGCUAGUGCUACUUCUACAUGCCCACAAGUGUCAGCGACGAGAGAUGGCCAAUGGAGAACAAGCUUGUAGUCUCCCUUAUUGCAGAACAAUGAAAAAUGUUCUCAAUCAUAUGACAACAUGCAGUGCUGGAAAGGCAUGUCAAGUUGCACACUGUGCAUCAUCCAGACAGAUAAUCACUCACUGGAAGAACUGUACACGAAGUGACUGCCCUGUGUGUUUACCUUUGAAGCAUGCGUCUGAUCGUAGAAACACGGCUGCAACAGUUUUGGGACUGACUGCAGCAGGUGGCCUGCCUCAGAACACUGCCUCUUUACCCCAGACUAGCAACGCAAGUGCUGACGUAACAUCUGAUGCCAUGAAGAGGGCCUAUGAUGCCCUUGGAUUGCGCUACAACAAACCAGCUACCACAACAACACCCCAAAUAUCUCACCCACAAGUACCAUCAGGCAUGCAGCCAGGUGGCAUGAGUGCUCCACCAACACAGAGCAGUGCUCUACAGCAAUUAAUGGCUGCCCAGCCCAGUUUAGCCCAAGGAAUGCCACCUCCCAACUCAACUGAAGGACUAGGAAACAUUGCACAGAACAGUCGCAUGACAAAAGAGUGGCAUCAGCAUGUCACACAGGAUCUACGCAAUCAUCUUGUACACAAAUUGCUGUUGGUUUUGUCCAGGGUUCAAGCCAUUUUCCCAACCCCUGAUCCUGCUGCACUUAAAGACAGUCGAAUGAAGAAUCUAGUCGCAUAUGCCAGGAAGGUGGAGGGAGACAUGUAUGAGACGGCAAAUAGUCGGGAGGAAUAUUAUCACCUUCUUGCUGAGAAAAUAUACAAGAUACAGAAGGAGCUGGAAGAGAAGAGAAUGAACAGAAUGCGUCAAAGUGCACCCCCAGGGGGACCAAUGGCUGCAGGACAAAUUAGACCACCAACGACACAAAAUGGAGCUGCUGGAAAUACAAGUCAAAUUCAGGCAGCCCUGAAUGCCACCGACAGUUUCAUGUCCCAAGUGCCCCAGGUCCCUCAGGUCCCCCAGGUUCCCCAGGUCCCCCAGGUCCCGCAGGUCCCACAGGUCCCUCAGCUGCCCCAGAUGCCCAACAUGGCUCGAAUGCCCAUGGUACAGAGAACAACUCCUCCCCCAAAUCAGAUAAAUUCCCAGUCCAGUGCUAUUGGCCAGAUGACUAUGAAUGCUGCCCUGCAAGAGUCUCAGCGACAAUUCCAGGAGGUUAUGAAACAACGUGCUCAAGGCCAACAGCAGCAACAGCAACAGCCUAGUCAGAACCAGGCAAUGUCAUCACAACAACUACCGCCAAUGUCUUUGCAGGCCCAAGCUCAGAACCAGAAUCAAGCUGGUCUCCAAGGAAUGCACAUGGUCCCACCAACCCAAACAUCACAACAGAUGGGUCUGCCGCCUCAACAGCAAACUCCCCCGCAUAUGGCACGUCCACAGCCAUCCCCACAGCAACUGCAUCAAAUUCAGCAGCAGCAGCAGCAGCAACAGCAGCAGCAGCAGCAACAACAGCAGCAACAACCACAACCGCAACCACCCCCAGUGCAGCAGCAACAGCUGCAGACCAAUCACCAGACAUCGACACCACAGUCCCAACUUCAGAACCAACUAACAGAACAAAAUCAGACACACACUCAGCAACAGCAACAACAACAACAACAACAACAGCAACAACAACAACAGCAGCAGCAACAACAACAACAGCAGUCGCAGCUGAAGCAGCAGCUGCAGCAACAACAGUUAACUCAACCUACAAACAGUACAAUGAAAGGGAAGCCGUCAACAAUGUCCUUACAAGGAGACCAAUCUCAGAUGAACCCGGAAGUGGUGGUAAAGCAAGAAGUACCAGAGGCUAGCCAGCAACUGGCUAUCCUUUUGGCCAGUGAUUCAUCAACAUCAAAUGCCAUGUCACCAAUGAGCACCAGUCAUAUGACACCAACAUCUAAUACUCAGCCUCUCAGUACAAGCACAAGCCUGGAAGACAUUAAAUCUGAAAUUAAGAAAGAGGUCAAAACAGAACUAAAAUCUGAACCUUCAUUGGACAGUGUGAACAGUGUAGGAGGAGGGAAAGGCGGCUUUGGGAAAGGAUCAGGGAAGGGAUCCGGAAAGGGAUCUGGGAAAGGCAAGUGCAUGCCUAGUGUGGAAAAGAUGGACACAGAGGAUUCACAGGGUUCAAUUCCUGUUAAGGAUGAGGCAGGUUCUGUGUCAGGUUCAGUGCCUGAGAACUCUACCCCUAAGCAAGAACCAACUGAUAGUAAUGCUGAAGCCAGCAACAACACAGAGGAUAGUAAGGCCAGCUCAGGUGACUCAUCUUCUACCAGUAUCCAGUCGUCUGUACCUAUAGGAGCUGCGGCUGCUGCUGCUCAGAAACCAAGGAAGAAAGUAUUUAAACCUGAUGAAUUGCGGCAAGCUUUGAUGCCUACACUAGAGAAGUUGUAUCGUGUUGAUCCUGAAUCACUGCCCUUCCGCCAGCCUGUUGAUCCCAUCAUGCUUCAGAUACCAGAUUACUUUGAAAUUGUGAAGAAACCUAUGGACCUAUCAACUAUCAAGCGGAAACUGGACACUGGUCAAUACCAGGACCCCUGGGAAUAUGUGGAUGAUGUAUGGCUAAUGUUUGACAAUGCCUGGCUGUACAAUAGGAAGACGUCGCGAGUCUACAAAUACUGUUCAAAGCUUUCUGAAGUAUUUGAGAGCGAGAUAGAUGGUGUGAUGCAAUCACUCGGCUAUUGCUGUGGUAGGAAGUACGUCUUCAGCCCACAAGUUUUGUGUUGCUAUGGCAAGCAGCUGUGUACAAUCCCCCGAGAUGCCAUGUACUACAGCUACCAAAACAGCAGACUAAAACCUGGAACUAUUUCUGACAGAUACGUGUACUGUGAGAAGUGCUUCCAAGAAAUCCAAGCUGAUGAGGUGGAACUGGCUGAUGACCCAACACAGCCUCUCACGAGAAUCAAAAAGGAGAAGUUCGAUCGGUUAAAGAAUGAUCAACUAGAUUAUGAGCCAUUCAUAGAAUGCUUAGACUGUGGAAGAAAACUUCAUCAAAUUUGUUGUCUGUGGUUUGAGCAAAUUUGGCCGCAAGGGUAUACCUGUGAUAAUUGUUUGAAGGCCAAAGGCGUGAAGAGGAAAGAGAACAAGUAUUGUGCAAAACGACUUCCAAGUACAAAGUUAGGAACCUAUUUAGAGAAUCGUGUAAAUAAUUUCUUGAGGAAGAAAGAUUGUGGUGCUGGAGAGGUAUCUAUUAGAGUGCUAUCAAGUUCAGACAAGCUGACGGAAAUCAAGCAUGGAAUGAAGAAAAGAUUUGGUGGUGAAGUACCAGAUGGCUUUCACUAUCGAUCUAAAGCAAUGUUUGCUUUUGAGGAAAUAGAUGGGACAGAUGUGUGCUUCUUUGGCAUGCAUGUGCAAGAGUAUGGAUCAGACUGUCCAAUGCCCAACACAAGGAGGGUAUACAUAUCAUACUUGGACAGUGUUCACUUCUUUCGCCCCCGGGCCUUGCGAACUGCUGUGUACCAUGAGAUUCUGAUUGGCUAUUUGGAAUAUGCUAAGCAGCUUGGCUACACCAUGGCACACAUCUGGGCUUGUCCUCCAAGUGAAGGUGAUGACUACAUCUUCCAUUGUCACCCUCCGGAACAGAAAAUACCCAAACCAAAGAGAUUGCAGGAGUGGUACAAGAAGAUGCUAGACAAAGCUAUCAUUGAGCGAUGUGUCACAGAUUACAAGGAUAUCUUGAAGGAUGCAAUUGAGAACAAUUUGACAAGUUCCAAGGAGUUGCCAUACUUUGAGGGGGACUUCUGGCCCAAUGUGCUGGAGGAAAGCAUCAAGGAGCUGGACCAGGAGGAGGAGGAGAAGAGGAAGCGUGAGGAGGCGGAGGCAGCUGCUGCCGAGGCUGAGAGCCAGGAAGUCGUAGAUGAAGUAGGAGAUGUGAACGAUGCUGACAAAAAGAAGGGAGAGAAGAAAGGUCGAAAUAAGAAAGCCAACAAAAGUAAAAGUAGCAACAGGAAAAACAACAAGAAGACUAAUCUUCCCCAUGGUGGAAAUGAUCUCACUGCCAAGCUGUAUGCUACCAUGGAAAAGCAUAAAGAGGUGUUCUUUGUGAUUCGGUUAAGACCACAAGCAAACCAUGAACUUCCACCCAUUGUGGAUCAUGACCCAAACAUCAGUUGUGAAUUAAUGGACGGGCGAGAUUCCUUUUUGACAAUGGCAAGAGAAAAACAUUAUGAGUUCUCCUCAUUGAGACGAGCAAAGCUGUCCACGAUGGCAUUGCUUUAUGAAUUGCAUAAUCAGGGAAGAGACAGUUUUGUGUACACUUGCAACAACUGUAAGACGCAUGUGGAAACAAGAUAUCACUGCCAAGUUUGUGAUGACUAUGAUCUCUGUAUAAACUGCUACAAGAAGGAUGGCCACCACCAUAAAAUGGAUAAAUUGGGUCUGGAUCUUGAUGAUGGCUCAUAUUCUGGUGACAAACAGGACAAUCCUCAGGAAUCUCGCCGUCAAUCUAUACAAAGGUGUAUUCACUCAUUGGUGCACGCUUGUCAGUGCAGGGACGCUAACUGUAGACUGCAUAGUUGCAAUAAGAUGAAGCGUGUUGUCGCUCACACUAAGAGCUGCAGGAGAAAGACAAAUGGUGGUUGUCCCAUCUGCAAACAGUUGAUUGCAUUGUGUUGUUACCAUGCCAAACAUUGUGAUGAGAAUAAGUGUCAGGUGCCCUUCUGUCAGCAGCUUAAGCAUAAACUCCGCCAGCAGCAGCUGCAACAGAGACUUCAACAAGCGCAGAUGCUGCGGCGUAGAAUGGCCAUAAUGACUGCUACUACAAGCAACGCCAAUAGUGUGAGUGCUUCUACUGCUUCAGGAGCAGGUACUGCAACUGUCAGUACAGGUGGAGGAACAGUGCCAGCCUUACCAGCUCCUAUUCCACCAGCAGCCUCACCUCAACAGUCAGCAUUUGGUAAUGGUGGAAAACCUCCAGCUGCCCCGCCACAAGGGGCCUUGCAAGCUGCACUCAAAGCUCAGAAGGCUGCCGAAUUACAACGUACAGCCAUUUUGAGUGGAAAGCCUGCAGCCAUGCAACAAGCCAUGCAGCCUCCGAAGAUGCAGCCCAAGCCACCUAUGCAGCAACCAACUCAACCAAAUCCACAGAUGGUCCAACAACGCCCAACCCAGCAGUGGCCCCAGCAGUAUCAACAGGCCCCUCAGCCGCAGCCUCAGCAGCAGCCGCAGCAACCCCCACCACAGCAACACAUGCCUAUGCCGAAUAUGAGAAUGCCUAUGCCCCAUCAACCACAGCCAUCUCCUGUGAUGAAUCCUGGCAUGGCAGCACCUCAACAGCAGAGACCACAACAAUCCAGCACCAUCACUUCAGCUGCUGUUCAUCAGUUGCUGCAUGCUCUCAAAAAUCAGACAACUCCACACACAGAACAGAAAGUGCUAGCUAUGCUUAAACAGAACCCAGUGUUAAUGGCAUCUGUGCUGAAGUUAAAGGAACAACGCAUGCAACAGCAGCAGCAGCAACACCAACAACAACAGCAACAGCAGCAGCAGCAAAUUCAGCAGCAGCAGAUGCAAAACAUGUCCAAUAUGCAAACCAUGCCACCUCAGCAACAGCCACAGCCAUCACCGAUCACCCCGCAACAGUUCCGCAUGCUGCAGCAGAUGCGUCAUCAGCACCAGCAGCAGCAGCAACAACAACAACAACAACAGCAGCAGCAGCAGCAGCAACAACAACAGCAACAGCAACACCAUCAACAGAUGAACCAGUUCCAACAACCAAUGCAAUCCUUCCCACAAAGGCAGCGAAUGAACUUCCCGCCCCAACAGGCAUACCAGAAUGAUAAUUCGUUGCAGCACCAGUUCCAACAGCAACAACAGAUGAUGCAGGUACAACAGAUGAAGCAGCACAUGCAGGCUGCAAGUAGUGGACAGCCAAUGAGUCCAAAUCAGCUUCUGGCGCAGACAAACCCUUCGCCACAGCACCUUAUGCAACAGGUGCGAUCACCCCCGGCUUCCGCUGCACAGCUUCCACAAAGUGUCCGAUCUCCACAACCUACCCCCUCACCCCGUCAACAGCCCAUCCCCUCCCCGUGCCAGCCACAACAAUCACCUCAUCACAUACCUCCCAUUCACUCCCCUCACCCAGGGGUAGGUGGCCCACCUGUACCAUCCGAUCCUAAUCAAAUGAACUCUGACCAAGUCAUGCUUCCUCAGCUGUCAUCAACUCAUGCUACAAUAUCCCAGUUACAAAGCCCUGCUAAUCCUUCAGACUUGGGACUGAGCCAAGCGGAAUCGGAUGUGUCUCCGCUUCCACCACAAGACCAGCUUUCACGCUACGUGGAGACAUUGUAGUAGUGGGCUGGCCGGAUGACCGGCAGUUAAAUGUGUUGUGUACAGAGACAGAAAAGACUGAAACCCAAACAUAAAACCCAUGCAACAGAUAAUUUAUGUAUCAUAAUUAUAACUUUAUAGAGAUUGGUCAUCAUUGUAUUUUGUCAUGUUUUUCAUUUUUGCAGAACAAAUGUGUCAUGUUUUCAUAAAGAAGAUGUAUGUUUUAUUAUAUAAAGAGAAUUUAUAUCACCUGCAGAUAAAAUCAGCCUAGUUAGUCAUAAGUUAAUCUCAUUGGACUUUCAUUGCCCAUGGACUUGAAACAUUUCUACUUGUGUACCAUGAAUAUGUAUGAAACUUUAUUUGUAUAGUUAGUUUCAUAAGAACCACUCUGUCCUGUGUCUUGAUUUCAUUAUGGCUCAGCUCUCUAUGCUGUAGUUAGUUUUAUAGCUUGCUAGUUUGUUUAGAUGUAUGUUUUUUAACUGGCUGGAAGAGAGAGUGAUGUGACACGAGAGGCAAACUGCCAGUGUGUCCAGUGAAUGUUGUAUGUGAUUGAAUGACCACGUGAUGACCGUUAACGUAUUCUUCGAAAUUGGUAUUUUAUGUCCAGUUGGACUAUGUACAGUUUCCAGCAUGAAAUAUCAACUACUUAACUUGUCCUUGUACCACAACCAGUGAAAAACAUGCUCUCUUCCUGCCAUUAGGAAAAGUGCAUCUGCUGUUCCUUCCCUCUCCCUUCUCUGCCCCCACCCCUGCUGAGGGUAGCUGGCUGGUGUGUGGGAGAUGAGGAGGCCGGAGAUUAGGGUACCUAAGUGUCUGUACAAACUCUACUGUGUGUAUGUAGCUACUGUGUCUUGGAGAUGCUGGAUUGCCAGUAUCUCCAGUCUUUACUACAAUCUUUCCAAUUUUCAUUUGAAAAUUCAUGAGUGACAUAUUGUAAAUAAAUAAAAAUUUUCCUACAAGGAAAUUGAAUGAAAUGAU